AUGUUUGCAUCACGGAGGAAACAAACCAUUAGUGGUAAGAAUAUCAUAAAGAACAUAAAGAGGAUUAAACCAGCGAAGGCUCGAAAAGUCAUCAGAAGGUUUCAUUUCUUGAUCGAGAAAAGAAGAAAUAUAUGCGAAUAUUUGGAAAUCGAAAUAUCUGAUAAUGAUGAAGUGAGAAACGCUAAAAAUAUAAAUGCCUUUUUAAGCAAAGUACCUUUAUCGAAGAAAGAAUAUAAUACUGGGCGGAACCAUAAAGAAAGACAAAAGGACAUUGAAGAAAAACUACUACAUAUAGAUAACAAAGCUACCAGCGAAAAAUGGAAUACCAAUGAGCUUAUUCUCUGCCUUGGGUAUGUGAUGAAAGAGAUUGAACUGGAAGGUGGAUUGGAAAACUAUCAAAUGGCUAGCCAAAUAGGGCAGGACACUAACCGUGGAGGAGACUCAUCAGGAAUAUUAAUAAAAUGGAUGAAGGAAUUGGGGAGGAGUAAAGACAAUGAAAUGAAUGCCCUGGAGAUUGGAUCAUUAAGUGUUAAAAAUAAGAUAUCAACAAGCGGUAUUUUCAAUCCGGUCAUUAGAAUUGAUCUAAACAACUUGAAUAAUGACAAGGGAAUUAUACGACAAGAUUUUAUGAAAAGACCGCUUCCAGGGAACAAUGAGGGAAAAUUUGAUUUAAUUUCCUGUUCCCUUGUGUUGAAUUUUGUACCAACACCAUUAGAGAGAGGCCAAAUGUGUGAAAGGUUUACCAAAUUUUUGAAAACAGAGGGCUAUCUUUUCGUCGUACUCCCUCUUCCAUGUAUUAGCAACUCUAGAUACAUGAAUGCUGAAAUUUUUAAAUCUCUGAUGUCGACGCUUGGAUAUAAUCAAUUGAAAUACCACGAGGCCAACAAAGUGUGUUAUUUCCUUUUCCAGCGUCAAAAUGACGAGGGCAAAGCCAACAAAAAACAAUUCUAUAAGAAAUUAAAGGUACGUGACGGUCCCAAGAUGAAUAAUUUCAGCAUCAUUCUACCGCAGUAG